AUGUCUUCUUUGCAGGAGGCCACCCUCCCCGCAACUCGUCGUCCAAAAUCACGAAAGUCCCUAUCUGCCAUACCUGCCGACAAAGAAAAUAUGACAGCGGAACUUGGAGCACUUACUGGGAAGAGAGCACCAACUGAAAAGCCGGCAAAGAAGUCAAGAAGCAAGAGUAUUGGUCCUGGUGGAUUAGAUGCGCUCAAAGAUACUACUGGAAAUCGGCGCAAGUCCCUGGCUACGAUACCUCAACCUCCUCCAAGAUCAAUUCUAAAGCCUACAAUGCCUCCUCUGCGUGAGAUUCCGGCGCAUAAUCCCAACAAAAGAUCAAGUCCAAGAAAGGCCAAAACACCUUCACCACCUGUUCCAGCAUCAGAGUUACUAAUUGAUUUCGGUGUUGACGCUGGCUCAAAGACUUCAAACUCUGAAACACUUGAUGAUUCAUUUCAUAUCGACAUACCGAAAAGAAACAAUGAUAAUCGAGUCGCAUUGAAAACAGAGGAAGAACAACAAGCCGCUGUUAGGGAAAGGGAAGAGAAAGAGAGGGCUGCUAUGCAGAAAGAAGUCAUUUCCAGACGAGAUGCCCGACGCAAGUCUCUUGCCAAUCGACGUGUUUCAUUUGCGCCAGAAGCAACACUUCAUACCUGGGACGUUGUUGUAGAAUACCAGGAUUCAACAACCUCAUCAAACUCUACCAAUUCCACCCGCCGGGCCUCGAAUGUUACUGAGGGAUCGGUUGAUACCCCGCGCCAGCAAAAGUCUGGACCACCUACCUCAGAUCCUUCGGAGCCUCCAUCAACCCCACCGGAACAAAUUGAAGAGGAUACAACGACUAUCUCACCAGAACAUCAACGAGACCUACAUCAAAAGAAGCGCCGAAGGAGUUCAGUCAUACCUCCUAUGAAUUUCAACGACCCUAACGAUGCUUUCUCAUCCAGUCCUAUGAGUGGAAGUUCCGUGUGUGCUGAAGAUGUUGAAGACGAUGAAUUUGCAUCUAGUGACUCGGAUGAUGACGAUGGAACUCGGAUGACUAUGGACGGCGGGGAAACAACAAAUAUGUCAAUGGCAUCAGUUCAAUCAUCCUUUAGUGCUGGCUCAGAUACCAGACUAGAACAGUCCUUGAGGCGGGCCACAAACCAAGCCGGCACACAGGCAAUAGAUUUUGAUGAGCCAGGAGAUACUAAAAUGAGUGAAGAUGAUGAGAUCGUUGCUUCUUUUGCUCCAUGGACAAAGAAGGCCCCUCUAGAAUCACAACAAGAUCAAGAGAAUAUAAAUCCUUUCACAUCAGCAGCCAAGUCGGAUAUUCAACCAGAGUCAGAUCAAUCAGACGGAUAUGAAAUGACGAUGGAUAUGGAUAUGGACAUGACUAGUCCAGUUGGUAGAAUCUUACCAGGUCAACAACGGGAAGAUGAUGAGCUUUCCAUGGACGUAACCCGUGCUUUCGGUGGGAUUAUUCCCAAUAGCCAACCAGGAACGAAACCUAAAGCUGGCGGCCGUCUUCAAAGUACCCGUAGAAUAUCAACAUGGGAGGAAUCGGCAUUCGGCGAGCAGACCAUGGACUUGACUACUGCUCUGGGAGGCAUUCGUACAGCUGAAGAGGAGGAAGAGGUAUCUGAAGACGAGGAUAUGAGUAUGGAUUUUACAUCAGCAAUCGGCGGCGUGCUAUCACAACCAGCUGCAAUCAAGAACAGACGACGAUCAGCUGUAGCCCCGAAGUCACAAUCUAAGCCAGAUCGCGAAAGCUUAGAUUCCUUGGCUGGCGAUGAAACAAUGGAUAUGGACAUGGAUAUGACUGCGGCAGUGGGUCGUAUCAUGCCUUCUAAUACGGACGAGAACGAGGAAACGGAUAUGGAUAUAGAUAUAGAUGUGACGGUUGGUAUGGAAAUGACAAAAGCGCUAGGUGGUAUCCUACCACAAUUGAACGCCGGAGAUCGUAACCAAGCAAAAAAGAUUAUGGAGAUGGAAACAGACUUUGGUAGCUCACCAUUUCGAGUAGAUGUUCCCGCCAACUCUACACCAAAAUCUAUUAACCACCUUGCUCUGCCUGAAGCACCUAAAACUGGCAGCCCCAACUUCACAGCCGGAUUCAAAGGGAACGGUCUUCGUAGAAGCACUGAGCGUAUGUCUACCACACCUCAAUCUAAGAUGUUAACGCCAGUCAAGAAGCCUACUACUCCGCAAAAAGAAAUCACCCCACAACCUGCACAACCCUCUCAUCCCGGCAAAACUCCACCCUCCAAGAAUGUUCUCAUGAAGACAGGAUCGCCCAAGAGACUCUUUAGGUCUGAUCUCAAGGAGUCAUCGAUUACCCCUUGUGCAUCCUCAAGUAAAAAACAAACACCCAACAAGUUAUUCAAACAAAAUAGCAAUACGGGUCUUGCAACACCUAACUUCAUUUUAACACCGCAAAAAAGAUUGUCUACUGGCAUUGGUCUGGAUAGAGUAGGACUAGGCUCGCCGAGGGUUGCUGCAUUGUUAGAUCGACGCGGAUCAAUUGGAGAUCAAGCACGAAUAUUUACCCCUACUAAGCCGGCAGACGUGAACCGUGGUGUACGAUUCCAAGAUCCUCGUAUCAUGGAAAGAGAACUUGACCUCGAGCGAGAACAAGAAGAAGAUCGUGAGAAUGGUCGCAGGAUAAUGGAGCGUGAAGCAGAUCAAGGUGAAGGGGAAGAAAAAGAUGUAACUUUGAACCUCAAGGAAAUGAUAAGCAGUCUCACUCCUAAGAAGAAGUCAAUGAAAGGCCGCAAGAGUCUACAUGCCGGUGCCGCAAUAGGAAUCCUAGGUAAACGACCCGCUGAGUUGGAUGAGGAUGACUCGGAUGAAGAUGAGGGCGGUAUAAAGCGAUUGAGAAUCCGUCAGGGCAGUCCUGUGAAGAGCGUCCAUCUCCAAGGACAACCCACCAAAGAACAAACAAUGACUGGACGUUUGACCCGCGCAAGUAGGAAGAGUAUGGAAAAUUCGACUAUCGCUUCCACCACUCCUACUACUAACACGUCGCCUAUCAGGGGAAAAAUUACUACACCACAUGAUCAAGGCCGUUUCAAAGAUGCAGAAGCCAACCUGACUGAGCCGGUGGCAAUCCCAUUCGAAGAGACCGCACCGGUUGAGUAUCCACAACUCCCCGAGGAAACCCUAAAAGAUGAAAGCAUACAAUUGCAGGACUUCUUAAACAUGACAAGCAUUCGAUUCAUGGAACUGACAACAACCAAACGAAGACACACGAUCGCACCAAAACGUGUUAGUGAUGGACCGAUAAGAAAUCGAUUAUCGGAUCAAACCAAGGUUUCUCUCGAAGAUUGUGUUGCAGCGGGCGCCGCUACCAUUCCUAUGCUUGAGUUAUUUCAACACGCAUGUCAUGAAUUGAAGAAGUAUAUAUCAGAUGGCCGAAAAACUGUACGUGAGAUCGAGAGCGAGACCUUUGAAGAGAAUCCUCCACUCUUUCGCGAAUACAUUUCUGCGCCGGCAGAUAUGAAGCUUGUCAUGGACAACCAACUCAAAAAUGUUAAGACACAUUCUCGUUUGCUCAGUAAAGGCAUGUGGUAUGAAUGGCGAUCAACAUUACUUGAGACAGUGAAGGAUGAACUCGUUCGAAGUGCCGAAGGUAUGAUUAAUGACGAAGAGAUACUUGAUAAACAGCAGGCACUUCUAGAGUCUGUACUCCCAAAGAUGAUCAAGCAAGCUCAGCAGCUUCAACAUGAAGAGGCGAAUCUGAAGACUGCCGCUGAAGAAAUCGCUAGCUGUGAUCCCGAAGAGCUUAAUGAAGCUCGAGAGCAGCUGAUAUCUGUUGAAGCCGAUGUUGAUGCUAAAAGACACAUGAUCGAAGAAUUGCAGAAACAGCUUCAGGCAAGAGAAGCAGAGAUUGAAGUUGGCACUGCCAAUAAGGAAACUUAUCUGGAAGAAAUACGUGAAGCGGAAAAGAUUCGAGAGGAGUGUCGAGGUUGGAGUUCAAGUGAAAUUAGUACUCUCAAAGCAAAAGUAGAUGCCAUUGAGAAGAAGCACGGAUGGACUAUUACUGGCGUUUCUGGGACUACGACUUCAAUGACUUAUCGAAAGGAAAUUGAACUUGUAUUCGACGCAUCUACAUUCAAGUCAAAUGCUUCGAGUAGCACUAGGAAGCCGGCUAAUUCACGAAUCGAUCUUUGGUACAUCGCCGCCAAUCGAGAGUACAAUCCACUACCUCUCACACCCGAGAAGGAAUUCCUCCUCCAGUGUAUCCGUGAUCACGUCCGAAGUUUACCUCAAUCAGAAACUGAAAUCAGAACUCUCCUAAAUUCCGUUAGCGUCGCUUGGAAUAAAGCCGCAAAAGUGGUUGAUGAUAUUCACCUACUAAAUAUCAUAUGUCCCACUGUCGUCACGAAAACAUCAGAUAACUCCAUUCUCGUCAAAUCAAUGUUAUUGAUCGCACCUCUCACCACCAAGGUUGAAAUAUCAUUUAGUCUCAUUUGUCACAGCACGGAAGAGGGAUUUGAUGUUGAGAUUUCCCCAGUUGCAAAAGUGGUCUACGGGGAAAGGUUUAAUGAACCGAAGAUGAGGGAUUUCUUACUCAAUAGAUUGGGCAAUUAUGUAAAGGAGAGGGGUGAUGGGGAUAAUGUUUCUUGGGGGGCAGCUGUGUCAGAGUUGGGAGGUAAAUUGUUGGCUAGGGGAAGGAAGUGA